AGAAUGUUUUGCUAGCUCUAUAGCCAACAUGGCAGAUUUAGAUCCGCGGUGUCUUCGGGAAAAACUUGCCAAAUGGGAUGCUAAAACCGAUCCCACAGCGCCAUUGAGCGAUGAACAAAAGGAUUCCAUUAUGGACUUAUCAACAUUGGCUAAUCAUCGUGCGUUACCAACUGAACUGCCAGUAGAUGAUUUCCCAAGAAUUAUCUCCGUACCCAAUUCUAAUUCAACAGAAACACCAAUGGAAAAUCUUAUGGGAGAAAAGCAUUUUCCAGUAAAAAAUUUCCAAGAGUAUUUUUCAUGGAUGUUAGCUAUCAGUAAAGGUAUAGAGGAUGAAAAUAGUAGAAAAAGUUCAGCAUAUCUCAAAGCACUUCUAAAGCAAAAGGAAAAAUGUACCGAAACCUUAUUACAAGUUUCUCAUACAUUAGAAUGUGCUGAAGAUUUGAAAGAAAAAUAUGUAAGAGUAUCAACAUCAACAUCGGCUUUACAUUCCGCUUGUGAACAUUGGUUAGCAGAACAACAGCGUUUAUCUAGAAAUGCUGAUGAAAUUGCCAACGUAUUAGGUUACUUUAACGAAUAUGAUAAAAUUUCCAAAAAACUAUCGUUACCCUAUGUGGCUGCAACAACAGAAAAUUUAAUUCCAUUAUUAAACAAAAUAGACGACUGCAUUGAUUUUAUGAAAAAAAAUCCUAACUUUAAAGAAUCUCAAAAUUACUUAUUAAAGUAUACUAAUCUGUUAUCUAAGGCUUUAUUAAGAAUAAAGACUUAUGUUAUUCAAGUUUUAACUGAAGCAACUCAAAAAGUUAUGCCUGAUAUACAUAAGACUGUUCCUAAUCCAACUGAUGACGCGUUCACUUUGUUCUAUGGUAAAUUUAGAACAAACGCUCCUCGUAUCAAGUCAUUUAUGGAACAAAUAGAACAACGAGUAAAUAUAUCUGAAGAAUAUGAAAAUUUCUUAUACGAUUGUCGGAGCUUUUAUCUUCAACAAAGAAACCAGCUUUUACAACCUAGUGUAACUGCUGCGGUCACUGAUUUAGCAAAGAAACACGCAAGAGAUCAAUGUGCUUUGAUGAGAAGUGGCUGUGCCUUUAUGAUACGUUUAUGUGAAGACGAGUAUCAAUUGUUUUUUCACUUCUUUUCCAAACAAGCACCUAUAUUGCAUGAAUCGCUGGAAGCAUUGUGCACCCUUUUGUAUGACGUUCUGCGACCAUUUAUCAUACACAUCAAUCACCUUGAAACAUUAGCCGAACUCUGUAGUAUAUUAAAAGUUGAAAUGCUAGAAGAACACACUAUCAGCACUGGGGAUUGCUUAUUGGCUUUUGAGAACGUUUGUAAUCAAAUGCUACAAGAUGUGUUAGAGAGACUCGUCUAUAGGGCUCAGAGUUAUGUUCGUAGUGAAAUUUUAGGUUACAAACCAGCUCCCGGUGAUUUAGCCUAUCCUGAUAAACUAGAAAUGAUGCAAAAUAUAGCUCAUAGUCACAGAAAAAAAUUAAAAGGACACGAACGAACAUCUUCAAUAACUUCAACUGCAUCGUCAACAUCAGCUGAGGUUGCUAGAAUAAAUACGGGUACGAGUAACAAUACUACUAGAGAAGAGACUGAGUCAAACAAUUCAUCACCCGUUGGUUUUUCUGCAAUAUCCUUGGAAGAUACGUAUUCAGAGGUAAAUGGAAGAGUAGUUGCUCAUCCGAAUAUGCCAAUAAGUCCUGCAGAUCUACAUGGUAUGUGGUAUCCAACUGUUAGGAGAACUCUAGUUUGUUUAUCAAAAUUAUACCGUUGCGUUGAUAAAUCGACAUUUCAAGGUUUAUCGCAAGAAGCUUUAAAUAUGUGCAUUGAAUCUCUAGUGGGAGCAUCGACUAUAAUUAGUAAUAAAAAGACAAAAUUAGACGGUUUAUUAUUCCUUAUUAAGCACCUGCUGAUUUUGAGAGAACAAAUUGUACCUUUUCAUGUUGAUUUUUCAGUAAAGGAAACGGCUCUUGACUUUAGUAAGAUAAAAGAUGCUGCGGCAGGUUUAUUAUCGGCUCGAUCAAAGUUAUUUGCACUUAAUAGCAAUAAUGCUCUCCUGAAAUUUAUUUUCGAUGGAACGCCACAAGUUACUGAGACGUUUAUAGACUCGAAGAAAGAGGUUGAUACUCAAUUGAAAAAGUCAUGCGAAAAUUUUAUAAAUCAUGCUACUCAAUAUUUAGUAGCGCCGCUAAUGGCAUUUCUUGAUAAGGCUGAUCGAUGUCUUAAUAUGAGUAAAGAUGGAGGUCCAGAUGUCAAGUUGCGUAAUCAACCUUUUGCAACACCUCAGGUGUUGAAUGAUGUCGUUGCUGAGACUUACAAAAAGCUUAAAGUCGACAAGCAGCAAUUACAAAAAUCGAUGACUCUUUACCUAGCAAAUCGGGAUACAGAAAUUAUUCUAAUUAGACCAGUAAAGACGGGGGUCUAUGCAAAAUUUCAAACUCUUCACUCGCUACUACAAGAUCAUUAUAACGAAGAAGAUAAACAAAUAAUUGCCGCGCCCUCUUUAGAGCAAGUUAAUUUGGUUAUGUCAACAACGCUCCCUGUUUUGAAUUCUAAUACUUGAUAAGAUUAUGCAAUGAGAGGAUCAGUGCUUGUUUAUUGUGAUAAAAGACAAGUUAGAAUGAAAAGAUGUCGAUAUUUGAUGUGCUAUCAAACUCUUUCUUUCGCUCACUUAAAAAAUAAAAUAUGCAUAUUUAUGAACUGUUUAUAAAUCAAGGUUAUAUUGUAAAACGAAACUAUACCUUUACACAAAUGUUUAAAUCGUAUACAUGAAACUAAUCUGGAGAAAAAGCGGCCUUAUAAUAAAUGUAAAACCCUUUUAUGAAAAUCUAGUUAGUUGUACUACGGUUUCUUGUAAAUUUCUCAUAGUAGUUGAAGUCUAAUGAAACAUGUUUAUGAAGGUCAAAAAGAGGAUGAUUGAGAAGUAAAUGAUAGUAGUGUUAGAGGAUAAAUUGAGUAGAGAACGUGACUUUGGGACUAACAAAUUAUAUGAAAAGAUGAAAGAAAAGUAGAAGGCGGUGGGGGAGUUUAAUCGAAUCAGCUGUAAGCCAGGUAAGAUUGCCCACAUUCUAUUCCACAAGGUUUUUCUUUUAGAAUAGAUU